GUUGUCUGAAAGUUCAACAGUUCCAAUGUGUUGACAAUUUGAUUGCAAAGAUUUUAAUAAAUAUUGUCAUGAUAUCGUUCCACUAAUUUGUAUAUCCUUCCUUGUCAUUCUUUUAGCGUUUAUCUUAUCCUCCAAGUGCUCAAAGGUGUUAAGUUCCUGAUAACAGUUCUAAGUUUUUGAGUUUUGUUGAUUAUAAUCAUCUUGUUUUUGUAAUAUUUUAGCUUUUAAAAGUAGUUAUUUACCUCUAGUUAUUAAGAAUAGUUUGCUAAAAUGAAUUUGAUAUCGUUAUUGGUUAUUUUUUUAACAUUAUUUGAAUUAAGUUGUUUUUCUGGUGCAUUACCAUUUGUUAUAACAACGUGGAUGUUUACAAAUGCGACCCAAGCAGCUUGGGAUGCUAUGAACAUUAGAUCAGGAAACGCUUUAGAUGCAGUUGAAGAAGGCUGUCUGGUUUGUGAAAGGGAGCAAUGUGACACUACUGUUGGUUAUGGCGGAAGUCCAGAUGAAACAGGAGAAACUACUCUAGAUGCUAUGAUUUUUGAUGGAGAUUCGAUGGAUAUGGGUGCAGUUGGAGAUUUAAGAAAAAUAAAAUCUGCAAUAUCUGUUGCCAGACAUGUUUUGGAAUAUACUCAACAUUCCUUACUUGUUGGUGAGUCUGCAACAAAUUUUGCAAAAAGCAUGGGAUUUAAAGAAGAAAAUCUCAGCACAAAUGUUUCUAUAGCAAUGUGGUCUGAUUGGAAAAAUAAUAACUGUCAACCUAAUUUUUGGAAAAAUGUUAAGCCAGAUCCCUUAAAAAAUUGUGGACCUUAUACUCCUGAUCGAUAUAGUGGCAGAAAGAAAAGUAUGUUAUUGAACAAUGUUGGCUUUAGUAACCAUGAUACCAUUGGUAUGAUUGCUAUUGAUAUAAAUAAAAAGAUUGCAGCUGGGACUUCGACCAAUGGAGCAAAAAAUAAAAUUCCAGGAAGGGUUGGUGAUGGGCCAAUACCUGGAUCAGGUGCUUAUGCUGAUAGUGCUGUUGGAGCUGCAGUAGAAACGGGUGAUGGAGAUAUUAUGAUGAGAUUUAGUGCAGCAUCUACAAUUGUGGAAAUGAUGAGACAUGGAAUAACACCAAAGAGUGCUGCUACUAAGCUGAUCGGUCGUAUUGCAUCUUAUUAUCCAAAUUUUAGUGGUGCAGUUAUUGCAGUAAAUAAAAAUGGUGAUUUCCAUGCUGCUUGCCAUGGCUUUCCAUUUUUCCCAUUUUCAUUUGCAUCAAAUGAAACAUCUGGUGUGAGGGUUUUAAAAAUCAAGUGCCACUGAAAUUAUAAUUGAUUGAUGUUAUAUAAAGGAAUCCGUUUACUCAAACAAUUGAUUAGUAAACAAAACCAAAUGUCUGUUACUGGAUAUUUUUAAGAAGUAUUGAAUGUCAUAUUGUGGUUCAUUUUAUAAAUUUAUCACUUCAUAUAAUACUGCUAUUUGUUAUUAGAAAAUAAAUUUUAAAAUAUCAGUAAGAAUUUGAAUAUUAUAUCUAAUCAAAUGAA